CAAUUUCAACCGUACGUCCUUGAGUACAUUCAUUUUCCCGACCCCUCAGGGAUUUUUGCCCUCGGGUGUUACAAAGAUUCACUCAUUGGUUCAGACAGGUUUAACAGCACGGUGCUGGCAGUCAGAAUUGGCGCUAAGGGGCCUUAGUUUUUUCAAGCCGAGUGGCUUGAUGUUGGCCCACGUGUUUUUUAUUCCGCUCGUCGGUUCAUUUGCCCUCGUUUCGCAUGAAACUAGCUCGCUGAGUGGCUUGUUUACCGUGGUUUUUGAGUUGGCCCAUUCGGCCUUAAAUAGUUUUGCAUCCGGUCAGGGGCAUUACCAAGCGUCCAUUUUUUAUUGCUGUAUUGACUCCCAGUGCGUGUAUUGAGGAAUUUUGCCAUAUAUUUUUGUUCUUAUCCUCGUAGAAGUUCUCAAAGAUGCCUUGCAGCCUAAUUUUCAACAGGUUGAAGACGGGCGACUCCGGGCACUGGUUCAAGAUCUCCCCGCAGUUCUUCUUAAAUCCAAAGCCGACAGUACCGCGAGGAAGUACGAAAAGGGCUUCAAUACGUGGAGAAAAUGGGCUUCUCAGUUUAAAGAAAUUGUUAUAUUUCCCGCUUCUAGUGUGUACGUUUCAUUGUUCUUUCUUAGCUUGAUUCAAGAAUCUUCUUCUUGCAGCGAUAUUGACGAAGUCCAUUAUGGGCUCAAGUGGGUGCAUGAUUUGGCAGGUCUACCCGACCCCUGUAAUUCCUCGUUAGUUUUACCUUUAAUAGAAUCUGCUAAGAGGCUUCUCAGUAUCCCUGUUAAAAAGAAAGAGCCUGUGACCCCCGAGGCUAUUCAGCUUUUAUUUUCUAAGUAUGGAUCGUCUUCAGCUAGUUUGUCUGAUUUACGAGUGCUUACUUUGUGCGUUUUAGGUUAUGCAGGGUUUUUUCGCUUUAACGAGUUGGUUCAGUUACGCAGGUGUGAUUUUCAGUUUGAAGAUUCUUUUAUGAGAAUCUUUGUUCAUCGAAGAAAGACUGACGUUUACAGGGAUGGGGCUUGGGUUGUUAUCGCUAAAACUUUCAAGCAUACAUGUCCUUAUUUAUUAGUUCAACGAUAUUUUGUGGCCGCUUCUCUUUCAGCAGACAGCGAAGAGUUCAUUUUUCGCCCUCUUGUUUUUCUUCGCAGUACCGGAGCUUAUAAAUUGCGCGGGUCUGUUCCUUUGUCUUAUACUAGAGCGCGGGAGUAUAGUGCUUAGCGCUUUCGAUUCCAUCGGCCUUCCCAAGCAAGACUACGGUCUCCAUAGCCUUAGGGCCGGAGGUGCCUCCGCUGCUGCUAAUGCUCGAGUGCCUGACAGAUUGUUUAAAAGACACGGCCGUUGGAAAUCAGACAAGGCAAAAGACGGUUACAUUAAGGAUAGUGUUCAUUCAUUGUUGUCAGUUUCGUUAUCACUGGGUAUUUAA